UAACCGCUGCACCACUUUAAGGUGGAACGGGAAAUUCGCAUGACGCGCCGGCGAAUAGAAAACCAACUCCAGCGUCGUUAGCUCGCUAACUAGGUUAGCUGGGUGUCAUGCCGCGAUAUAUAACGUAAAACACUGCGGAAACGCCGUGAGUGAUGGGAUGGAGCCGUGAGCUCGUUGUCAAACACAAAUUAAUGCUGAAAAGGCUUGGUGUAGGUGGGAAAGUGAUCGAAUAGAAGCAGUGGGGGUCGCUGAAUGUGACAAAAGCUAGCCAAGCUCCCUGGAAUCCACCUGAUAGAUAUCUCAGAAAAAACAUGUGGACGGUCUUUCGGAUGCCUCCUGGACCUCGCCAUACGCUUUCCUCACGGCUGUGACAGGACUCGAGGGCCUGAAAGGACGCCGCUCCGCUCCCAUAGAUAGACAGAGAAGCAGAGAAGCACUGCAGGGACCAUGCUCAGCAUCCUAGCGGCCGGCUCCAUAUUCUUCCCAGGCCUUUUCCUGCUAUCCAAGCGAUGCCUGAAACACGCACCCGGUCUGAAAUGGAGCGAGGGUGACGCUGUCAUCGUCUCUGCCAGACUGGUGUCAUCUGUUCAAGCCAUCAUGGCCUCCUCUGCUGGGUACAUCAUUGCAUCAUCUUGUAAAGACAUCAUUGAAGAUCAGCAUUGGCUCACCAGCACCUACAUCCUGUUUGCAGUCCCUUACUUUGUCUAUGACAUUUACGCCAUGUUCAUGUGCUACUGGUACAAGAUGCAAGUCAAAGGUCACGAGGAAGAGGGUGCAGUCAAGCCCAUGGGCACAGCCAUUGGCAGCUACCUGCGGCGUGAAUUCCUCAUGGUGCUACAUCAUGUUGUUAUGGUUACCGUCUGCUUUCCCGUGUCCGUGUUCUGGAGACAGGGAAAGGGAGAUUAUUUCCAAGGUGUAAUGUUCCUGGCUGAACUAAGCACUCCAUCCGUUUGUCUGGGAAAAAUACUCAUUCAGUACAAGCAGCAGCACACUCUGCUUCAUAAAGUCAAUGGAGCUCUCAUGCUGGUCACUUUCUUCGUCUGUCGAGUUCUUCUCUUCCCCUACCUCUACUACGCCUAUGGCAGGUACGCGUCCAUCCCUCUGUACAUGGUGCCGCUGUCUGUCCCCUGGCAUUGUAACUUGGGAGCAUCUCUGCUCAUGGCGCCGCAGGUCUACUGGUUCUCUCUGAUCUGCAGGGGAGCUUUCCGCCUCUUCAGUGGGGCGUCCCGCCACCAGCGCCCCCCACUCGGCAGCACAAACUCUGACCCCAAAACCCCUAUCCUGCCUCCCGCUAAUGGCUACAGCCCCCGCGAGACAGAGAGAGAGCCCAGCUCGCACUGAAAAUGAGAGAGACCAGAAGAUGGAUGGAAAAGGGUUGUGAGUCUGACAGGGACUGUUUUGAGGUCUCACCCUAGAACUUGAGGGUUAAUGCUAAUAUAUUACAAGUAGUGAGUGUCCCACUACUCCGUUGGGUUGGGGAAUGGGUUAAGAGACAGAGGUGAGAGGGAGAGAGAGAUGGAAAGACUUGAAGAUGUGAUUGUCUCCAUCCUUUCUUUUUCCUCUGUGGAAAAAUUCCAGGAGCAUGUUCCUAAAGCCUGCGUCAUACUCUUGUCAAAGCAAAAACCGCUGAUACGGAGCGAAGUUUAGAACAAACGCCGAUUGUAUUCUUCAAACUGAAUAUGAAAUAUUCCAUGAUUGAAUUUCAUACAGCUGGGGAGAGGGAGAAUGUAGUAUAUUGUACAGCAGUGCUAGCCCAUCAUUUGUACAUGACCGUUACCAUAUUUAUCGCAAAAGGGGGGGGAAAUGCAACAAAGGUGGACAAUAAGGGUUAUGUCAGUAUUCCAGUCUGCUGCCCUCCAUUGUGAGAAUGAAGAAUGAGGAAAGAUGGAGAGAGGGACCCAUCUUUCCAGUUUCUGUCUCUUUGUGUAACUUCAUUCAUUUCAUUGAUUCAUGGAGAGGACUGGAAAAGGGAACAGCUCUUCUGUCAGUGUGUACAUAGCAGAUGUCAUUGGUGUCAAUUUUUGAAUAUUUUUUUUAAUUGAUUAUUUAUGUAGAAUCAUAUGUUAAUUAUUUAUUUUACCCUCCUUAUUUAUUAGUUUUUAUUCUUUAGUAUGACUAGAUUAUUUUUCAUAUAAGCUACUUUCUGCCUCUGACUUGCCACAAUUGGAAGAAAAAAGAUGAAGGGAAUUUGAGAAGGAGCUUGGAGAGAUGAGGUUCUCUCAAUGUCUGUAUCCAAGUAGUUUUUCCAGACUUAAAUGUAGGGCCUUAAACCCUAAAGUGUGCCAGUACUCAGACCCAUGAGCAUUAACCUUUAUAUAGCUUGACCAAACAUGCUAACAGGGCCAACUAUGAACACAAGCUAUUAGCCAACAGUUAGUAAGAUAUCCAUCAUGCUGUGGGUGAAUGUUCACUUUCAUUUAUUAUUAGUAGCAUUAGUAUUAUUGACUGAACUACUUUUAGGAUAAAUUGGUGAGUACACUAUGGAGCUUUUGUUAUGUUUUGCAGUGGCUAAAUUCUGCAGAUUGAAUUGAAGCAACUAAGCAGAUUGCUGAAGUCUGUUGGCUCUGUAAAGGUGAGAAUGCAUUUGGUGUUGGAGUUGCUCUUUAACUUAUACAGUACAUGUGUUUGUUCUCAUAAUCACUCAUAAGCAGUAUUAAAGGGAAAACAGGAGAUUUUCUCUCUCCUUUACAUUACAUUUAGUCAUUUGGCAGAUGCUUUUUUCUAAAGCGACUUCCAAGUGAGGCUGUUACAUUUUCUGUGUUUCAGAAGCAGAAGACUCUUCUCUGUAUCACUGAGCUGGUAUCAGACAAUACAAUGCACUGAACAGUCUGAGAGGGAUUUUACUGGCUCAAAGUCCCUUAUUGCAUAACCACUACAGUAGGUUUUUAAUGAGAAAAUAGUUUUACUCCUCUUAUUUAUUAGAAUGUUUUUUUGUUUAUUCCAUUCACAAAGUAAAUGUGCUCAAUGGCGUCUAUGUAGCUAUGACAGCCACAUGUUUGACAUGUUAACUCUCACCGUACGACGAGUAGGUAGUUGUAAACCAGAGCAGCACUAAGGGAACCAAGACUGAAAUGGGUCCAGUAUCCUGGAGCACGCUCAGUAGGGCAAAGCUGUAGACAGAGCUUCUUUUAAUAAGAGCGGGUGCAAUCACUUAGAGCUUUAUAGAGCUCUCGCUCAGCUCCGUAAAACUUCACCUGCUCAUUUCAAACUGCUUUUAAAAUCACAGAUUUUUUAAGCCUCAGUUUAGUAAGAAAAAUGGGAAGAUUUUAAUCCCUUUUUGCUUCAGGUUUGUUUUGCAACACCCAGCUUAAUAUUCAUCAAAGUGUCUUAUUAAGAGCAGAUAUUUUGAUUCUAAAAAUUGGGCUUUGUCUGUUGUCAUUUAGGAGCUAGGAAGCAAGAUCAGCAAGUUCAGCCACUUCAGGAUUCUACUGCAAUGUUUGUAAGGCAAUUAAAAAUUAAAAUGUUAUGAUUGUGACAGGCCUAUUGGCCUGUUGAUCCCUGAGAUUGGUUUACACAAAAGAAGUCAAAUUAGAGACCCUUAGAAGAGACAAGAUACAUGGAUUUAAAGGUUGAUUUUUAAUGAUUAAUGAUAAUUAAGUGAUUACAUCCUUAAUUAUUUCCAAAAUGUACAUUUUUGACAGUUGUUUCUUCAGUUUUGUUAAAGAAAAGUGGUCAAAUAUAAACAGCUCUCUGUUUAAUGUUAUUGCAAACCAACAAAGAAAACAUGCUCACUUAUUUUAAACGUUUUGACGGGCAGUGUAGCUGUGUCUGAAUUUUCGCAUUGUGCUGUGCCCUACUGAACGUGUCUCGAACUGUAGCAAAAGUGUUGAUUUUAGGCCAAUGACUAGGGACCCUCCAGAAGGGCAAAGUAGUGUUAAAUGACUGGGAGAUAGUACCCCAUGUACUCUCUUUGUUGUAAUGAUUAUUUAUUUAUUUAAGUAAUUUAUGUAUUCAUUAUUUAUUUGGAGAGGACUGAAUGUAUAUAAUGAAUCCAUCCUGUAAAUGUUUUGCUGAAUGGGCAUCUGUGGCUGUGGCUGCCUGGCUGAAGGCUCUACUGUAACUCUACUGUUCUCUCAGCUAAAAUAUACUCCGCUGUCUCCUCCUGUACUCAGA